CGCUUUUAUGAUGCCGCAUAUCCGCAAUGCUUGAAGGAAAUUGAUACGCCACCCCUCGUGCUGUAUAUCAGAGGAGAACUGACACCGGAGGAUUCGCUCAGCAUCUCGAUCGUUGGCUCUCGCGAUGCGAAAGAUUACGGGCGGAAGGUGAGUUAUCGACUGAGCUAUCAACUCGCGCAGCACGGACUGGCCGUCGUUAGUGGAUUGGCGAAAGGAAUUGAUACCUCAGCACAUCGUGGGGCACUUGAGGCGGGUGGUAGAACAAUCGCCGUGAUGGGUAGCGGAUUGAGUUUUAUCUAUCCAGCGGCGAAUAGUGACCUCGCUGAGAAGAUUACGGAAUCCGGCGCGUUAAUUUCCGAAUUCCCGAUGGAUGUCAAGCCGAAGCCGAAGAAUUUCCCACGCCGGAACCGUAUCAUCAGUGGUCUGACGCUUGGCACUGUGGUCGUGGAAGCGUCAAACCGAAGUGGUGCACUCAUUACCGCACGCCUCGCUGGCGAACAGGGUAGAGAAGUCUUUGCUGUACCGGGAGAGAUCUUUUCUGAACUCUCAACCGGCACCCACCAGUUGAUUAAUAACGGCGCGAAACUCAUCAAUACUGUGGACGAUCUCCUUAACGAACUACCCCCGUACGCAUUAAACCGGAUCCAGUCCGAUGUGCCAACAUCGUCGAUACCGAGUGUAGAGACUGAAUCUUCACAAGCACCGCCCAUUGAGAAAAGCGAUCCCAAACCCUUAGCGACGCAACCUUCCUCCGAAGUACAGCAACCUAUCCAAAGCGUGCCGCCACCGGGUUUAACACCAGACGAGAGAACAAUCUUCGAUGCUAUUGAAGUCCCAUCAUCACAUAUUGAUACCAUCGUUCGGACAACACAACUACCGAUUAGUCUGGUUUCGAGUACCCUGCUGAUGUUGGAACUCAAGGGGAUCAUUCAGCAAUUGCCGGGGAAACAAUUUCACUAA